AAUGUAAGAUCCACAGUUGUUGACUAUACGCUUUUCAGUAAGCCAUUCAUGAAGUGAACUGUCAUUUGGAAAUGGAAAUGCAAAGGUUUUCAUGACAACAACUAUAGCACCAAACCAGUGGACACCAAUGGCAACCAAAGAAGGAACACAGUGGUGGGAUCCUUAUGAAACAUCUAACAGAAGACAAUUUGUUUAUCGGCCAAACUCAGCUGCAGAGAUUCUGCUGUGCCCAAAAUCAACUUCAUUUAUUGACUCCUAUUCACAGUCUGGACCUUUGGGUUCAUCUGUGUACAACAAGGAUUUUCGCUGGAAGCCAGCCUGUAAACCUGAAUGCAUUCGUACAGGGACAGCUUCGGGGCAGAGGAGAAACAACCCACAUCCCAGUCAGUCUUUCAUGAUGUGGAGGCUGCCGAGGGACGCCGCACGGAGCUCCAGGUAUGUCAGCUUCCCUUGGAACUGUCCACCGUCUGAGGGGGAGAUACGUAAGGCCUUGACAGCACAGUACAGCUCCAUCUACAGAUGUGACUACACGGGUAUGCCUCAAGGAGAUGAUCAUAUUAAUAAUGCAGAAAGAAGACUUGCACCUCUGCACAGCAGGAAAGAAAUGCCGCUUUCUACUGUCACAGAGAUGAGGGAUAAUUACCGCCAGCCAAAGCAAAAACCUGAACUGCUGGGCAACUAUUCGCACUACAGCUGCAGCACAGAUCCUAACUGUGGUAUAGUUCCAAAUGUUGUUCAAAGGCACGCGCAGCAGAAAAGAUCAGAUCUGACAAACUAUGACAGGUUUUGUGGAAAGAGAGCCACUAAUGUCGCAUGUGUGAUAAAGUCUCUGCUGCCGCAGGAGCUACAGGCGUUACACAGGAUUUUACCUGAGGAGGAGAAGGAGGCUGUAAGAUCAGCCUUGAGUAAAGAUACACAUCCAAACAAAGAGGGGAAAGUGAAUAAACUCCCUGCGGUUGUGUUUACUUCCUGCUCACCAGAGUGGAUAUCAAGCUGGCCCGGACCUCUCUGAAACUCACUGCUCAUGUUAGUAGUUUGUAGUUUGUGUUGUCUAAUUUCUUAUCAUGGUAGAUAUAAGAUAAAUCAAAUAUAUAUUAUAGUAUGCCGUAAAUUAACAGUGUAAUGCAGAAUUUGUUUGCUGUGUCAUUUCGUGUGGAACUCGUGUGUUGUGAUAAUUAAACAUCUCUGCCUGA